AUGACUCGGUGGGAGUUCAACAUAAAUCUGAUCAUAAAUCCUAUCGUGUAUAAAGAAUUAAUGAACAAACAGGUUUUGAUUGCAUCUCUGUUGUCAAUUGCUAUCCUGGCCGUGUACUACACUGCCAACGAGAGCAAGGUGGACGCCUUCGAGGAGUGGAAGGGACAGUACGGCACCCACUGGGCCCCCGAAGAGGAAGCAUACAGGAGACUCAUCUUCGAGAAGAACCUCGUCCUCAUCAACAAGCACAACGCCGAUGCCACCCAGACCUACAAGAUGGGCGUCAACCAGUUCACCAUCUACACCACCGAAGAGUUCUCCGCCAGAUUCCUCACCCCCAUGCUCAAGGUCGGAGAGAUCAAUGCCAACAACGACUACGAAGUCAUUGGAGACGUUGACUGGACCGGCCAAGGAAAGGUUACCCCCGUCAAGAACCAAGGACAGUGCGGCUCAUGCUGGGCUUUCUCUGCCAUCGGAGUUUUGGAGUCAUGGUUCCUCUUCAAGGGACAGAACACCAACCUUUCUGAGCAACAGCUCGUCGACUGCUCCAGACCUCAGGGCAACCAAGGCUGCAACGGUGGAUGGCCAUCAUCUGCCCUCAACUACAUCAAGGCCAACGGUAUCACCUCCGAGUCUGCCUACCCCUAUGUUGCCAGAGAUCAGGCUUGCAAGGCCCAGGGUGGUGCUUGGAAGAUCAGCGGAUUCUCCAGCUUCAGCGGAUGCAACGGCCUUUCAUCCCAGAUCAACAACUCCCCCGUCUCCGUCACUGUUGAUGCCACCAACUGGUCUCCCUACAGAUCCGGAGUCUUCAGCAACUGUGGUUCUGGCAUCAACCACGCUGUCCUCUUGGUCGGUGUCGUCGGUGGAGCCUGGAAGAUCAAGAACUCCUGGGGAACUGGAUGGGGAGAGUCAGGAUACAUCAGACUUGCUACCGGAAACACCUGCGGUGUCUGCGCCUAUGCCGGUGUCGUCCCCAACUGA